AUGGUUCAUCAUCAUUGGCUGGACGAAUUGUUGUUGAGGGUACAUGUGCUGGUGUGGGUACAUCAUGUGGCGCUGUUGGUAGAGCUGUUGCUGUGGAUCUCUCAUCUGGUUCUCGAGGUUGGCCAGCUGCUGGAAGCUGUUGGUGCUCGUCUGAACGUUGUCAUUGGCGAUCUGCUGCUCACGGUUGUAGAUGUCGUUGGCAGCCUGGGCGAGGUUCUGGUUGCUCUGUUGGGCGGUGCUCAUCAUGUUGUCACGCUGCUGGCGGAGCUCCUGGAGUCUGGAGUCGAUCUGGCGCAGCUCCUGUUCGCGCUGGUUGGACUGCUCCUGGCGAGUUCUCUCCAUGUCCUGCUGCUGCUGCUGCUGGCGUCUGGUCUGCUCGGCUUGCUGCUGGUUGUUCUGCUGGGCUUGUUGUUCGGCCUGCUGGCGGGUGGCCUGUUCGGCGGCUUGUUGAGCCUGUGGAUUCGGUUGAUUCUGUUGUUGUUGAGUCGGUUGUUGUUGGUCACAGUAAGCCAGGCCAACCAGGGCGAGGACCAAUACAAUUGCAAGUAA